AUGGAGACGAUGCGAGCGCAGCGGCUGCAGCCUGGGGUGGGCCCCAACGGGAGGGGCACUCUGCGAACGCUGCGCCCCGGAGUGACUGGGGCCGUGGCUGCCCCCGCCACACCCUCAGUGGGCUCCCCCCAAACCCCGCCAGCCCCACCGCCCCCGCCGCCCCUGCUCCUGUCCGGGGCCCCCGGACUGCCACUGCCGCCUGGAGCGGCUGGCAGCCCGGCGGUGCUGCGGGAGGCUGUGGAGGCCGUGGUGAGGAGCUUCGCCAAGCACACGCAGGGCUAUGGCCGAGUGAAUGUGGUGGAGGCACUUCAGGAAUUCUGGCAGAUGAAGCAGUCUCGUGGGGCUGACUUGAAGAAUGGGGCUCUAGUGGUUUAUGAAAUGGUUCCCUCCAACACCCCUCCCUAUGUCUGCUAUGUCACCCUGCCUGGGGGAAGUUGCUUUGGCAGUUUCCAGUUUUGCCCCACAAAAGCUGAGGCCCGGAGGAGUGCUGCAAAGAUUGCACUAAUGAACUCUGUGUUUAAUGAACAUCCUUCCCGAAGAAUCACUGAUGAGUUCAUUGAGAAGAGUGUCUCUGAGGCCCUGGCAUCUUUCAAUGGCAAUAGGGAGGAAGCUGACAAUCCAAAUACAGGGAUUGGUGCCUUCCGAUUCAUGUUGGAAUCCAACAAGGGCAAGUCAAUGUUGGAGUUCCAGGAGCUAAUGACAGUUUUUCAACUGUUGCACUGGAAUGGCAGCCUUAAGGCCAUGAGAGAAAGACAGUGCUCUCGACAGGAAGUGUUGGCUCACUAUUCACACCGGGCCCUGGAUGAUGAUAUUCGCCACCAAAUGGCACUGGACUGGGUGAGCCGGGAGCAGAGUGUGCCAGGGGCACUGUCUAGAGAGCUGGCCUCUACUGAGCGGGAGCUGGAUGAAGCCCGGCUGGCAGGCAAGGAGCUGCGCUUCCACAAAGAGAAGAAGGAUAUUCUCAUGCUGGCUGCUGGACAGCUGGGCAAUAUGCAUUCUUCCAACUGCUAGGCAUCCACUGAUGUGUUUCCCAUCCUCUCCAGGCCUCUUUUUAUAUGUUCUUUCUAAGAUUUACUAUGAUUUCUGUACAUACUUUAUCAAUUUUAUACUUUAAAAUAUAGGUAUAUAUGUAUAAAUUCUACACCUGGACUCUUUUUUGCCAAGAGAUCCCUUUUCUUCUAGUUUCUGAACGUAGUUCUCUUUGAAACAUCUCCACUCCACUUUACAAGAGGAGCAGGCUGUCUUGAGGUUUGUUGGCUUCACAUUUGCAGUAACUCUGUAUAAUCAUGUCAGUAGCACAGGAUGAUUACGUGUUCGUGUCUCCUUUCUUUUAAAAUAACAGGGAGCUUGAGUAAGGACUAUGUUCCUCCCUUACCUACCCCAAUUCCUUUUUUCUCUGAGACUGGAACAGGUUAUAAAUAUGAAACCUUCGGCUUUGGUUUAUCUUGACCUGGGCCUACUUGGUACCAAGUUGUUCCUCCAGUAACAAUAUUUCCUAACCUACACCACCCCUCCUCAUCACUGCCUUACUCCCCUCUCUCAUUCCGAAUAGUACUAGGUAGGAAGUGGAGAUCUGGUUUCUCAUUUUUGAGGUCAUCCCUGAGAAAGUGUCCAGAAACAAGAAGGGAAUUAUAAACACAAUUCACAAGGCUUUUUCACCUAAAUUGCUUCUGGGACAUAGAUACCAUACUGUAGUCCAAAUUUCACUACAGAAGGGAUCAGUGUUGAAGUUGCUUAUCUUUCAGUAUUCCCUUUUCAUUCCUGUUCCCUUGCUCCCCUAGCUUAGUUAGGCCCUGUAUUUAGACCAUCUUGUCUGCAAAGAAAGUAAAAGGUAUUUUUCUCUCUUCUCUCUCCUCCCAUCAUUUUGCUCUUUGGAAAACUUAUCAGUCCUAUUUGGUGAGGGCCAUUUUCCUUCUCUCACUGCCACAAAUUUGUUGCCGUGUACUACCUUACAUG